AUCUGCCCUCUUUCACAAGAGCCACUCUCUUACACACUCAGGACACAACAAGCAGUCCAACCCAACACACACACAGACACUCGGUGUGAGUGAGCAGCUAUAAGACACAGCCAGCGGCAGCUGAAGGUCACUCGCAGAUCUGCACAGUUCUCAGGAUGGACGUUCUGAAGAAGGGGUUCUCCAUUGCCAAGGAGGGAGUGGUAGCAGCAGCUGAGAAGACAAAGGCAGGGGUGGAGGAGGCCGCUGCCAAAACCAAGGAGGGGGUCAUGUAUGUUGGUACGAAGACAAAGGAAGGUGUGGUUUCCAGCGUGAACACAGUUGCCCAGAAGACGACUGAUCAGGCAAAUCUUAUGGGCGAGGCCACAGUAGCUGGAGUCAAUGAGGUAUCAGGGAAGGCAGUGGAAGGUCUGGAGACUGUAGUAGCAUCAACUGGAAUAGUCAACCCGGCUGAACCAUCCAAAACCGAAGAAGCAGCAGAGCCAGCAGCAGGUGCAGGACAAUAGGAUUGUUAUCUCCAGGACCGAUGGCUUCCUGACAUGGUCUGUUGGGUGUUUAAGAGGAUAGUAAAAGGAGAGUUCAUGUUAACUGCAAUCAGUUCCCUACUGUUACUUGUGUUUUGAUCCCUCCAACAGCAAAGCUUUUUAGUGUGACUCGAUAAACACUUUCCAAAUAACAUUGAUGUAUAAAAUGGCUGAAGUUGAGAUGAAAUAGUGGUAGUACGAUAAAAACUUAAUGCCUUUAAUCAAACAAAAAUCAAGACGCACAUCUCACUGUCAGGCUUUCAGUCAUUUGUACAGACCUUCCACUUAGCAUCUCCUUCCUGUUUCAUUAGUCACUUAGAAGGUGCAUUCUACAACUCGAACUCCAAAACGAUUCUCUCGACUCCACCUGCAUUUAUCACCAGUCCGUCUUUGUCUUUUUUAUGAAGGCGUGCUCUGGACUUGUGAACUACAUGACUGUGCUCUGUCACUAAGCACACACAGACCUACAUUGUUCUGUCUCCUCAAUCAGCCUUAUGACAACCUGCAUAUGCUUCGGGUUCUAUCAUAUACACUUGUAUAUAAUCUAGAAAUACAUGUAUACACCACACACUUUGGGCUUGAGUCAGCUUGCACACUGGUGUAUUACAUCUACUGUACUUGUAUCUGCUUAAAGGCAUCCCGAACCCAUGUGUCUUACUAACCCUUUGUACUAGUGCCUAAUAACCUCAGAGAGCAGUGAAGAUCAGGCUUUUGGUUAUCAGUAGAGAGGACGUUAUAAAGUUCUCUGCCUUCUUUAGAGUAAAAACGAAUUUAAGUGGGUUUCUGAGUGGCCCUGAAAGCAUAAAACAAGCCUCAGUUAACUAUCUGAGAACAAGUAAUGCUAUCGAGCUGAGGUGACAACAAUCAUUAAUGUCUCAAAACAGACUUCUGCUCCAAAUGAUGAUUUACUAAUCUGCCUGCUUUGGCAACCCUUUCUUAAUGAUCCUAGUUCUUGUUCUGUAAAGCUGCUUGUGACAGUGUCGAUUGUUAAAAGUGCUAUACAAAUAAAAUGGAAUUAAACUGAAUUGUGGAAACGGAGCUGAAAUAUUAGAAAUGGAAGCGUUAUUUUGCAGAAGCUAUGCAUGUUGCCUUAAACACAACUCUCACUAACUGAUUGUAACUGGUGCACUAUCUGCAAAUUAUUUCCCAGUCUUUUUUUCUUUUCAUUUUCUAAAUGAAUUGAGCACCUGAAAUAAAUGUUUGGUUAAAAACAAAAA